AGGCAGAAGCAGAAGCACUGCAAGAAGUGCCAAGAACAAAGCCCACUGCUUUUAAUUCUUGCAACUGAACUCCUUUCAUCUAGCUUAGCAUUCAUCAGAGGUGUUCGUCCGCCAAUCAAUCAUCUUUCUAUCGGUCGAGCUUCCAUCAUGGUGAUGCAGCCGGUGCUGUUCGACGCGGCGGUGCUGAGCGGGCGGUCGGACAUCCCGUCGCAGUUCAUCUGGCCGGCGGACGAGAGCCCGACUCCCGACGCCGCCGAGCCCCUGGACGUGCCGCUCAUCGACAUCGGCGGCAUCGUCGCCUCCGGCGCCGGCGACCGCGCCGCCGCCGUGGCCUCCGUGGCGCGGCUCGUCGGCGACGCCUGCUCCCGGCACGGCUUCUUCCAGGUGGUGAACCACGGCAUCGACGCGGCGCUCCUCGCCGACGCGCACCGCUGCGUGGACGCCUUCUUCAAGCUCCCGCUCGCCGAGAAGCAGCGCGCGCUCCGCCGCCCCGGCGAGUCCUGCGGCUACGCCAGCAGCUUCGUCGGCCGCUUCUCCUCCAAGCUCCCAUGGAAGGAGACGCUCUCCUUCCGCUCCUCCCCGUCCUGCCCAGACCUUCCCCUCGACUUCAUCCUGUCCAACCUCGGCGAGGAACACCGCCGCCUCGGGGAGGUGUACGCGCGGUACUGCGAGGAGAUGAGCCGAGUCUCGCUGGAGAUCAUGGAGGUCCUGGGCGAGAGCCUGGGAGUCGGCCGCAGCCAUUACCGGAGCUUCUUCGAGGGGAACGACUCCAUAAUGCGGCUCAACUACUACCCGCCCUGCCAGCGUCCCUACGAGACUCUCGGGACCGGCCCGCAUUGCGACCCGACGUCGCUGACCAUCCUCCACCAGGACGCCGUCGGCGGGCUGCAGGUGCACGUGGACGGGCGGUGGCGCGCCAUCGCGCCGCGGCAGGACGCCUUCGUCGUCAACAUCGGGGACACCUUCAUGGCGCUCUCCAAUGGCCGCUACAAGAGCUGCCUCCACAGGGCCGUGGUGAACAGCAAGGUGCCCCGCAAGUCGCUGGCUUUCUUCCUCUGCCCGGAGAUGGACAAGACAGUGGCGCCGCCGGGGAAGCUCGUCGACGAGGAGAACCCCAGGGUUUACCCGGAUUUCACGUGGCGCGCGUUGCUCGACUUCACGCAGAAGCAUUACCGGGCGGACAUGAAGACCUUGGAGGUGUUCUCCGGGUGGGUGCUUCAGCAGCAGAAGCAGAAGCAGCUAGGGUCGUGAAAAUCGGAGGGAGGAAGAAGACGACUCUGUUCUUCUCUGCUCUGCUCGUCUCCAUUGAUUCCUUCCUAAAUUUGUAGCUCCAUGGAUGAUCAGCUGAGGAUUAUUAAAGAUGAUAUUGCAUCUCGGAUUAAUUUAGUGUGCUGUAAAUUACUGAAAUGAAUCCGAUCGAUGGAGCUCUUCGAGCUGGUA